CCAAAAAAACGUUUUAGCUUCAUAACUCAUUACAGAAUGAAUUCUGCAGCGAAAAAAACACAUAAACACGAUGAAGGAGCUAUCACCCGCUGCACGGAGUUGGUCCUCUCCAAGAAAAAGUCACUGUACGCAGCAUGCAAAGCUUAUGGCAUCCCUUAGUCUACCGUUCGUUACCGACUUAGUGGCAAGUGGACCAGAAAAGCCCGGAAAGGGCCACCUACUGUUCUAACAGGAGACGAAGAACAGAAACUCGUGCAAUAUUUGAAAACGAUGGAGAAGAAAGGAUAUCCGGUAGUUAAGGAAUUACUUCUGCCUAAAGUGAAGACAUUCUUCGGAACGAAUUCUCGACCCAAUCCGUUCACGAAUAAUGUCCCAGGUCGAAAAUGGCUGGAAGGAUUCCUUCGCCGGCAUCGUGAAAUCACUUUCCGCACGCCAGAAACUGUGUCUUCCGCAAGUUCUAAAGUAAAAGAGGCAGACAUUCGCGGAUGGUUCACGAACGUAACAUCAUAUCUCGAGGAAAACAACCUUACGUCAGUCGCAUAGGAUGCAACCCGCAUAUACAACGGCGAUGAAACGUCAUUCUACCUACACCCACAAACGAAAGCCGUGCUAGCUAGCCGUGGCAAUUAGAAUGUGUAUGAAUGCGAGCAUGCAGACGGGCACAAAAACAUAACAGUAAUGUUUUCCUUUGGAGCAGACGGAUCAGUUGUACCUCCAGGAGUUGUUCUUCCUAUGCAGCACCUAUCUGUGGAAGUAUUGCAGAAGUUCCCCGGAGAGUGGGGUAUUGGCAAAAGUGCAAAGGGGUGGAUGGAUACCGCCAACUUUAUGCUAUACAUCAGGAACGUUUUCUACCCUCAUCUUCAAAGGAACAAAGUGCAGUUCCCAGUGCUGUAUUUCGUGGAUGGUCACUCUUCACACACGACUGCGGAGGUGGCCGAUCUGUGCUUGGAUUUGGGUAUUGUGCUGAUUGCUUUAUACCCAAACACUACGAGAAUAACUAAGCCAGCAGACGUCGCCAUUUUUAAACCAUUGAAAAGUGCCUGGAAGACUGCCGUAUCGGAGUGGCGGCUGGAAAAUGGAGGUGAAAAUCUAUUGCUGAAACACUUUCCUGACGUACUGCAAAAGGCUAUGAACAAAGGAAUCAAAACGGUCAGUGUUAAGAACGGGUUCAGAGUUUGCGGAUUAUUCCCUUUUGGUCCUGAAAAUGUGAAUUACGACAAAUGUAUUGCCAAGUCAACUAGCGAAAACCCUAAUAAACCAGUAGCUCAAGAAACAGACAAGGAACUUUCCACCUUCAAUUCAGUAGAGGUCAAUCCUGAAUUGAAUGAGGAAAAAGAAGGACAAGAUGUUUUUAUUUAUUGCAGAAGGAGAAAUCAUCCGGCAGCUAUAUGAGAUGUUGUUGAUGCCUAUUGAUUCGCAGUUAUUGAGCAGUACGACUCCAGAGAUGACUGUGUCAAGUGACUACAUAUCUGAGGAUAAUCCAACAUUCAUUGAGGAGGUAGGUGACGAUAGUUUCAGAUCAGAUGACAGUAUUCCACUCAGUGUCAUGAAAGAGAAGACUGGACACAAAAUUCCGAGCCGUAAAAUAAGCAUUACCGAAUUGCUUCAAACUCCGCCAACUCCUCGUCGGAGCAACAUUCACAGGAAUUAUAAAAGAAAAUUCCACCCGGUACUGACGGCCUCAGAGCGGCGUGAAGAAAUACGACGACUUGAACAAGAAAAA